AUGUCAGUCAAAGAGCGUCUUGCAACACAACAGAUGAAGAUUAUUUUUCAGGGGUUAGCUGGACUUCAAGCGCUCAAAAGAGUACCAAACAAAAAGGCACUCAAAGAAACAGCCACUGAGUCUGUUUAUACCACUGAUAUUAUUGUUAAUGGUAUUAAAGAGGAUAUUAUAGUGGCAGGGAGUAAGGUAAACCUACCACCACCUCUAGAGUAUUAUCCACCAAAUGGAUAUAAUAAAUCCGAUUAUAACAUCUAUGUUGUGCUUGUCGAUAGCACCUCAAAUGAAUUCGACACUAAUUAUCUCGUUAAACACGUCCAUUAUAUUAUACCCGCACUUGAAGAAACAGAUGAUUAUUACUUUGGAGAAUUUGAAUUUUUGCAUUAUUUGGUGCAGAAUUUGGUUGCACUUGUCUAUUAUAACACUGACAAACGUUACAACCAUUACAAUCCAAAAAUCGAAGAGAUGUUCCAUGGAAGGUGUCUCCACUUUGCAAUUGGUGACAUCGACAAGAAAGCAUUAGUCGAAUCAUUCAAAAGACAAUCACUGCCAAACGAAGUGGCUUUGCAGGAAGAUAUUUUGGAGGAAAACCCGUCAUUUUGCUGUACGACGAAAAUGGCACAAAGGCGAGUUAAAAGUCUCACUUAA